AUGGUAACAUUGUUGAUAGCCCCAUACAUUCAAGAACGGAAUGGAAUGAGACAGUUAUUUCCUUGUUGGGACCAACCGCAAUUAAAGGCCACUUUUAACAUUUCAAUAAAAUAUCCUAUGUUAUAUUCAGUUUUAUCAAAUAUGCCGACAGAUACAAAAUACCCGUACUACACAAAUUAUAGUGAUUUAUUUCACAAAUACUUCUAUAUUACGCCUCCAAUGUCGACUUUCCAAAUUGGGAUAGUCAUGACUGAGUAUCAAUCCAUUAGAGUUAAUAAAAACAUUACUUUGUGGUGCGAUUGUUAUUCAAAAGAGCGUCGUCAGAAAUUUGAGUUUGCACGGAGAAUCAUAAACAAUAUUACAUUGCAGUUAAAAUCUGAAUUUGGUGGGAUAAAUAUUCCAAAAAUGGAUCACAUUGCGAUUCCAAAUUUUCCACAAGACGGCAUAUCGAAAUGGGGGCUCAUAUUUUAUUCGUAA